GUCAAAGACGACAACAAUUACGACUUCCUCACGAAGUUGCUGAUCAACAUUGGGGUGGUUGUCCCCAACCCAGCGACUGUUCAAGCAGCUUUGGCGGCGGUGGGCAAAGAGCACUGUUUGCUGGGGAAAGCUUGGGCAGAGCAAGAGGGAAACCUCCAUAGAGGUCUCUUGCAGUAUGCCAUCCGUCGGGCAAACAGGAACCCGGACUCCAGGACUGGUUGGCGCAGUUUAUGA